AUGCCAUCUAAUCCUUCCACUCCCAAUCGACACGGCUAUCCAGAAGUAGCAUCUGGUGAUUAUGAUGCAGCAGCUAUGGUCAGUGAUGAUGAAGAAGCCUAUCUGAGAGACAUUAUCGGUGGAGGAACCGAGAGACAGGACAGUCAGGAUGCCCUGAACAAUUCUAUGGCAGAGGUUUCUGUCACGAGCAACUUUACUGAAAAGUUCUUUCCUCCUUCACCAUCUUCAAAGAAUGAAAGGAAAAGCGCCGACCCCCCCAUGGUACAAACGCCAGCUACACCUACUCCAGCAUCUCCUGGCCAUCCUGCACCUCCCACACAAUACGUAGUGAACGAUCCGUACAAUGCUUACGAUGAUGACAUUAGCACGAUUGCCAACGAUACCUAUGUUGCGAAAUACAUGGCGGGGGAUAACAAUCCCAAUCAACUGCCUCCCACUCCAAAGACACCUCAUCAGCAGACUGCUUAUCACAGUGGCGUACAAGGUCCUGCGUCUCCGGAUCAAACGGAUGGAGCCUCGCAACCCACUCAUGUGUAUACUUACAACAAGCUGCCCAAGCAGAAGACCCGCUUUCAAACCGAUCAAGCGGAAUCUUCUACUUCGGAAGAAUCCGGCGGCAAUACAACUGGCGGAAAAAUGGGUAAGGGCGAUGACGACAAGUCAGUCUUUUCCUUUGCGUCUUACAAACGAUUCCGUGGUGGGUCUGGCUGGAGCCGAAGAAACUACAUGUUGGCCGUUUGCAUGAGUCUCUUUUUGUUGGCGGUCAUUGGCGGUUUGGGAUAUACCUUUCUGCGAUUGCGAGCCCAAGGAGACGAAGAUGUAUUGGACCAACGAAGCCAACAGGCAGGACAACCAAAUGCCAAUGGCGGUUUGAACAAUCCCUUGCCGGGCGAUGGUAUUGGUGGCGGUUGGACCUUGAGACCCACUGGAAACCCAGAACCCACGCCCGCACCCACCAUUACCAGGUCCAAUGCCCCCAGUCCCAUUGGACCAUCUCCCAGACCUACCCCAGCUCCAACUCCUCGUCCCACCAAGCUUCCAACCUCCAACCCUAGUAUGACUCCUACAACAUCGCCGACCACGCCCUUUCCAACCACUAGUGCCACUUCAUCCCCUACCGGAAGUCCAGCGGAAGUCUUGCGCCAAUUGUUGCUUCGAAUUUCCACUGGCGAGACCAUGCUGUUGAUCAAUAUCCCAGGAACUCCCCAAAAUCGAGCCUAUGAAUGGUUGCACCAAGACCCCAAUUUCACGAACUAUUUGGAGCGACGACUUGUCCAACGUUUUGCCUUGGCCGUCAUGUAUUAUUCGACUACGCAACCAGAAGAUGCCCAAGAGUCUAUGCAAACUUGGAUGAGCUAUGACAGCAACGAAUGUACUUGGUUCAAUUCGUGGUUUGAAAAUCGACUUGCCUGUGGAUCGGACGAUAUUUACAAAUUCUUGACCCUUCGCAACCUCAACUUGGUGGGCACGAUUCCUUCGGAAUUGGCCUUUUUGUCCAAGUUGAAUUCCUUGACGUUGAGUAACAAUGGAUUGUCGGGAAGUAUUCCCAAGGAAUUUGGUGAAUGGGACUCGCUUGAAAACUUGGAUCUCCGUGGCAACUACUUGACUGGACGCAUUCCAGAAUUCAAGAACAUUCCAAACAUUAAGAAUAUUACCAUGAACUGGAACUGGCUUGAAGGAAAUGUCCCACCCAGCGUAACCAAAUUGGACCAGCUUUUACAUUUGGAUCUGACGGAAAACUCACUCUUUGGCUUUAUGCCGGACCAAAUGUGUACCAAGGGACUGGAGACCUUGGCAGUCGACUGUGACCAGGUGACAUGCAACUGCUGUACCAAAUGCGGCUCGGAAGAGACUCGAGCUCCUGUUGUACUGCCUCCUUCCCUUCCGACACCACCACCCACUAGGCCACCCACUCCUCCGCCAACACCGCUACCAACACUGCCGCCUACUCCUCCUCCUACCUUUUUUGGUCAAUGCGUCGAUGCCAUUCAACCCACCAAGAAUUGUUAUACCUUUGGAGAACCUCUGAUUAUCAAUUUCCGCAACUGCGUUCCAAACGGCAAUGACUGGGUUGGAAUCUAUCCCGAUAACGUUUUGAGUGGCCAGCAUUUUAAUCCAUCUUUGUGGAAGUGGUCAUGUAACUCUCAAGCCUGCGCCGACUUGAUUUCCCGAGGUACGGUCAUCAUGGAUGCCACUGCCACGGGAGGGAGUCAAUGGCCAUUGGCGCCCGGUGAAUACAAGGCGUGGCUCUUUCGGCGCGGAGGCGAUGGAGGUGCUUAUCCAGCCAUUGUGGGGACAACUAAGUUUAUCAUUCGAAAUGGUCAAUGCUGA